GCGUGGUUAAAAUAACUACAAAUUUCUUGUGGCCACCAUGUCCUUUUACAAGUGUCUCCUCGUUCUCUUUGCUGUCGCUUCCAUUGCUUCUGCCAAACCUCUAGACUUCCAGGCACUCUCUGACGAUGUCAUUGAUUAUGUGAAUUCUCUGAAUACGACCUGGACUGCUGCCCGUAGCCCUCGCUUCCCCUCCGGCAAUGAAGUUGACGUCAAAGACCUCUGCGGGGUACUUGAUGUGAAGCACACUCUCCCGUACAAGGAGAAAGUCUCGGUCGGAGCCAUCCCUGAUACAUUUGACGCUAGGCAGAAAUGGUCAGAUUGUCCCUCAAUCUCUGACAUUCGCGAUCAAGGCUCAUGUGGAUCAUGCUGGGCUUUGGGUGCAGUUGAAGCAAUGAGUGAUCGCUAUUGCGUUAGCUUCCAAGAGAAUGUCCACAUAUCGGCUGAAAACCUCAUGACUUGUUGUAAAUUUUGUGGUAACGGAUGUGCUGGUGGCUUCCUCCAACAAGCCUGGGAGUAUUGGGUGAAGGAUGGUCUUGUUACUGGAGGUCAGUACGGCUCUGAUGAAGGAUGCCAGCCUUACCUGAUACCUAAAUGUAACCACCACGAGCCCGGGCCUUACGAGAACUGCACUGGCGAGGGCAAGACCCCACAAUGCGAACGAACCUGUCGCUCUGGCUACACAACCUCCUACGAGGCUGAUCUCCAUUACGGAGAGAAGGCAUAUGCUGUACACAGAGAGGUAGAGGCCAUACAGACUGAGAUAAUGACCAAUGGACCUGUCGAGGGUGCCUUCACUGUCUACUCUGACUUCCCCACUUAUAAAUCAGGUGUUUAUCAACAUGUUGUUGGACAUGCAUUGGGUGGCCAUGCUAUCAGGAUCUUGGGCUGGGGAACUGAGAAUGGUGUACCUUAUUGGCUUAUUGCCAACUCUUGGAAUCCUAGCUGGGGAGACAAGGGAUACUUUAAGAUGAUACGCGGAAAGGAUGAUUGCGGGAUUGAGAGCAACAUUGUUGCUGGUACUCCAAAGAAGUACAAGUAAACUGCUUCUCCUGGGACAUCUCCUCCUAAAUUUGCUGUGACUAGUUAUUAUUUAAUGUCUUAUGGCUUUAGCUGUUACUGUAUAGUUAGUUAUUGUCAUUCCCUUUAUACAUUAAAAUAAAAGUUAUUGCUAUAAAUACUAGA